GUGGGGGUGCCGGCCUGCGGGGUCCCCUCCCUCCCUCCCGUCCGUCCGCCCGGGGCCCCGCGGAAGGCUCUUCCGCCCCGGCCUGGCCUGGAGGGAGCGGCCGGGAACACUCGGGCUGGGCCGGGUUUGCCUUCAGGGGCAGAGCUCACGCUCAAGCAGCAGCUUACGGUUGCUGAUCUCCCGUUUCUUGAUGGAAUUGUCAGUCUUCGGCGUCAGUUUUGCCUAAAGCCCUCUUAGUGAUGAAAAUGAACAAUUAGUCAAGAAGUUGAAAAAGCUACACAUAAAAAAUAAGGAUCUAGAAAAGAAUCUGGGUCAGAUCCAAGAAAAACUGCAUCUGCAGCAGUUAAUGCAUGACUAUGUCACAAGCAGAGAGUAAGAACUGUCAACAGUUUCUUCUUGCAUCAAAAGAAGUGCAGCAUUUUAGGACUUGUACCUUGUUGUUCUUCAGAUGAACUGGACUUUAUCUAUCCUGGGUAUUUUGGGGGGCAGUCUGUGAACAGCAUGGUGGGGAUGGAGAAUGCUGGAAUGGAAUGCUUUCAUUCCUGUGAAGGAAUAAAUGAUUACUGGGGAAACUUGGACAAAAUCAGUUGUUGUAGUGAAAGAAACAGUUUUAAUACCAAUAAGUAAUAGCCCUGCUUAGCCAACACGCUCUUUCUGUCUGGCUGCAAAAAGGUUUUAGACUGUUUUACCAACCAACAGUGGUAAGGUAGUUAAAUUGCAUCAAUUCUGUUUAAAAGAUUUGGAAAUGGGGACUUUAAGGCCUGAAAAACUAUAGUGUGAGUGUUUGAGAGAGUCUCUAAAGUGCCAGGAUCUAAGUAACUGCAAAAAAUUUGAGCUUUAAAUUUUGGUGUAUUUAUGAUCCUUUGUGAAAACCUCUACUCUAGAACCAAACUGAAAAGUAAUUUAGUUUUUCUCAGUUGCUGUGUUUGAGCCAGUUAAACUUGUAAAAUCUAAUUUUAUUAAGCUGUUGUGUUUGUUUCAAUUAAGUGUUCAAGUUCAAACAGAAAGCCACUUAUGGCAUAAGAGUGGAUGCAGCAAGGAGCUUAAUCUAGAGGGUGACAGUGUGAGGUGAGUUCUUGGAAACUGGAUCUUCACAGAGUUAAACAUUCUUCUCUGGAGGGUGGAGUAUGUUAUUGAACCAACUUAACCAUGAACUUCUGUUAACUGUUAUGGAAGCUGUUUUCAGCCUUUGAAACAAUGGGACAUUUUUUGGUUUUUUACAUUUGAAAAGAAAAGAUUGAAUCUUAGAUUGAAUUUGAGAAAUAUCACUAAACAAAGAGCAGAAUGGAUUUCUUUCUUUCUCAAAUCUUUUAUUGAGAAAAGCUGAGCUGAAGAAGCUCCUUCCUGCAUGUGUGCACACAAGUGUUCUUUUUUGUAGAUUUUUUUAAACUGGAAUUGUGUAAUUUAAUUUUCUUUUUGUGGGAGCUUUCUUAACUCAUUUUUACAAAAUUUCAUGUGUAUAUAAAAUACAUAGGUUGGUACUGAUUUAAAAUAUGUCACACAAGUGAUUGUACUUUGCAGUCUAUUUGAUUUUUAGAUGUGAGCCACUACCUGCUGUAGGUUUCUAUAAAUAAUCUCUUGUAACUAACUGCUUUUUUGAUACAGAGGGUACAUUUUUGCUGUAAGAAAAUGUGUAUCAAAACAUUUUAACAACUACACGUGCUACAUAAAAUGUUGAUCCAUCCCUCCAUGGCUUAAGUUUUUUUUUUUAACAGGCUGCUCCACUCUUUCCAAGGCUACUUUAUGUCCACUUACAGGAAGGGGCUGUGGAGCUUACAAAGGCAGAGGCAGUUCCUGCUGCUUUUGACUCAAGCACUCUGUUUUUUAGUGUUUCCUUUCAGUGGCUGUAGAAGGCCUGUCUUUUUUUGUUUCUAUUUUUUUAAAAAUACCUUUAUAGUGUGCCACACUGUCAUUUUGAACUACAUAGGGAGGCUGAGUGUUUAGCUCUGGGGUGGAAUUGAGUACCUCAUUAAAUGCAUAUGUGGAAGAAGUCUGAGUUAUUCUUUGAGUCUAGUGCUGGACCUGCUUUCUAUUAGGCUGCACAUGGAUAACCUGACUUAGCUUUUUUUCUAGCAUCUGUUUGUAUGAUAUUUUACAAAGCUGCUCUGUGUUGUAAUGUUGCUCACCCUGCCUGUGGUGAGCACUCAGGGCUUAGUGUGGGUGCCAGCUCUUGUUUGAAUUCCUAGUAAAACAGGAAAAAUGCCUGUUGAUGUUCAUCAGUUACAUCAUGGGCCUGAUCAGACUCAAUGCUAUGAAAUAUGGUAGGAAAUUAGUGCAGCAGAACUUGAUGCAAGAUAAUGUCUGAGGGCAAGAUAUCCCAAAUCUCUUUUUUUUACAUUGAUUUUACCCCCUUGCUCUCAUUUGCUCAUAGAUUUCUCUCACUCAUACCCUCACACCCACAUAUGCAGGAGCAAUGAGAUGUUUUCUGCCACACAGAGGGACACUGCCUCAUGAGCCCUCAUCAUGGGUUCUUGAUUGGUGUCAAGAAACUAAUUUCUGGACAAUUUCUGGACAUUUUAUGUUCUUCAGGAGCAGCCUUUGGUUAUUCCUGUUGUGCUAACAGGGAGAGACAGUGAUCUGUGUGACAUGCUGCAAACUCACUGCCACCCUCCUGUGGUUAUUGUAUAGACCUUCCUUCCACCUAGGAGUUGAUUGUACUGAGGUUUAAUCAGUGCGUGGCUGUGUGGGCUGGGCAAAACCAACAGGGAUUCUUUGCCAUUAAUUCAGACCACUCUCUUAACUCUCACUUUUCUAUUUUUUUGGAGCCUUGUUGUUGGUCACACUUCAGUCACACCCAUCUUAAAUAUUUACGUUACAAGCCUUUACAGUACAGUACAGCCCAAGUGAUCUCUGUGGGGCAUCUGUAAUACUUUCAUCACAAAGCACAUACAUUUUGUUGGCUUUCAUAUUUUAUUGCAAUUUAUGCAUUUCUUCUAUUUUAGACUACUUCAGAUGUAUAAUGAUCUACAGAAACGUUACAUUAAAGAAAUCAAAACAAACCAGGAGCAAAGUGAAGCAAUUAAAAAUCUCACUGGAUUUUGUACUGUUAAGAAGCCCAAUGUGGCCCUUUGACCAGCCCCCACCACCUUCACCUGAGAGAGAAAUGAACCACUGGAAAAGAGACUUACGCUGAUGCUGCAAUGCUGGGUUCUAGCUUGACCACUGCAAAGAGUCUUCCUUUGAAAAAGAGGCUCUGUUUCCUGCUGAAACUUGCAUGUUUUGUCAGCUUGGUGUUAGUAUUUUGUGAAUUUUUAAUUUAUUAUGUGGCAAUUUUUCAAUGUCAAUGGCCAGAAGUGAAAGGUGGAGCUCACAUGGAUGAAAAAGAGACUUCAACUUCAGUCCUAAAGGCCAUGAUUUUAGCUGAUACUCACCUACUUGGUGAAAUCAAAGGACAUUGGCUGGAUAAACUAAGAAGGGAAUGGCAAAUGGAGAGAUCUUUCCAAACUGCCUUAUGGUUACUGCAGCCAGAUAUUGUUUUUAUUCUGGGAGAUGUCUUUGAUGAAGGAAAAUGGAGCUUACCUCAGGCAUGGGCAGAUGAUGUCAGGAGAUUUCGGAAAAUGUUUAAGUAUCCAGUUUCUACUGAGCUGGUGGUGAUUGUUGGGAAUCAUGACAUUGGAUUUCAUUAUGAGAUGACUGCUUACAAGGUAAAUCGGUUUGAAAAGGUUUUCAACUUUACUUCAGGAAAGCUAAUAACUCGAAGAGGAAUAAACUUUGUCGUGGUGAACAGCGUGGCCAUGGAGGGUGAUGGCUGUGCUGUCUGCAGCUCCUCAGAAGCCAAGCUUGUGGCUCUCUCUCACAAACUGAAUUGCUCCCAGCAGAAAUCGAAUCGUUCCAACAAAAGAUGCAGUGAUGUGGAAAAGCUUCCAGCUUCAGAACCCAUCCUUUUACAGCAUUACCCUCUCUAUCGGAAAAGUGAUGCUGAAUGCAGCGGAGAAGAUUCUGCUCCUCCAGAGGAGAAGAACAUCCCAUUUAAAGAAAAGUAUGAUGUACUGUCUCAGGAAGCAUCACAAAAGCUGAUAUGGUGGUUCCAUCCCCGCCUGAUUCUCAGUGGGCACACACACAGUGCUUGUGAAGUGCUGCACGCGGGGAAAAUUCCAGAAAUCAGCGUCCCAUCAUUCAGUUGGAGGAACAGAAACAACCCUAGUUUCAUCAUGGGAGUUCCAGUGCUCAGUAGAGCCUUAGAGGUACAUCAGUUCGUUCCCCAGUUCAGAAAUAAAACAGAACUUCUAGAAACGUGGAGUAAGAAGCAAAAGCUACAAUCUGUUUAUGGAGAAGUCUGUGACCUGGGGGACAAAUCUUUCAUGUAUUUUUACUGCUGUUGAGUUUAGGCCGCUUAAUACACCAAUAACCCCCCAACUUUUAAAAUAACUUAAUUCAACUGUUACUAUUUUUUGUUGAAAGUAGUUCUGUUUAUUCCAUAUUCCUGAGAGUAGCUGCCUUCAAACUACACGUGCUCUCUGCACAUGCCAGACAGUGCAUCUUCACUGCAACACAAGAGGUUGGCUAAUUAGAGUGGCACCACUGUCACGACCAUUGUAACUCCUCCUCAGCCCAUUAUAAACUUUAAUUUGAACUGUGAAGUUGAGCCAAAAACCCAAUGAAGUUCUUUGUUGUUUGAUAUUUGGAUUAGCCAAUGUGCUUUUUGCAGCAUGUACUGGGUAGGAGGAGAGUGUGAGGGGAGGAAGGGGCACAUUCACCAAACCUAUCUUUAGCCUGGGAAGGCUCCUUCCAGGUGGAUUUACAGCAGCUAAAGUAAAGGCUUCUCUUGAAGGCAGAUCAGAUGAGGAACCCAGCUCUCUGCGCUAGAUGGAACAGAGAUAGGGAAGAUUGGCUUCUGGGCUAAUGUUGGCCUGAUGUAUAUUCCAGUUAGUGCCCAGCACUGAGGAAGGUAUGGACUCUUCAGCCCCCUGGAGAAGGCACUGAUACUAGGAAACUGGCCCAAAUAAUUGCCACCCAAGACAGAGGUUAGAAACCAGAGCUCUGACAGUCGGAGUGUUUACUCCUGAUUCAAAACCCACUGUAACAGCAAAGUGACAAUCUUCAUUUCUUUUCCAGGGCAGCAUAACACCAACUGACUUCUCCCUCCAAAAAUGCUUCCUUCCAUAUGAGAGCAGAGUCUUUACUAUAUACUGUGCAGCAGGUGCUCUGCUUGUAAUCCUGAUACUAGCUCAUUUUCAGCUUCUCACUCCACCAUUUUAUUUUGCUCAGCGUUUAAUCAGUAAGCAUAAAGCAGUAUGAAGAGCCAGACAUCUGCAUUCAGUCACUGAAAUACCAAAGCUGAGAACAGUCAAACAUCAGACUAUAUUCAUGCCAGCAAAUGACCUAAUUUGAUUGCUAGUCUGAAGGCAGGUUGCAUUUACACAUACCAUAGAAGUCCUAUACAGCUGAUAUGACUACUACAGGAUAAAUAAUUAAAUGAAAUGAAUGAUUCAUGCUGUACAAAAAUACUGUAUUCUACAAUCAAAUGAGUCCUUUUCCUGCUAUAUUUUUGUAUCAAAUAUGUAUAUUAAAAGUGUAACUGUACAUUA